AUUCACACUUGUAACCCGUCACUGGCUGCAGGAUGUUCUUGACUCUGGCACUUUUGCGAAAAGGGAUCCCAGGAAAGCAGUGGAUCGGGAAGUACCGUCGACCACGAGCAGUCACCUGGCAGAUGAAGCGGAAUAUGAUUAAACGUCUGGAACAGGAAGCAGAGAAUGAAUACUGGAUCAGCCGGCCGUUCAUGACGCUGGAACAGGAGCGAGGCCACGCGGCGCAGAGGCGGGAGUGGAUGUGGCAGCAAAUCAAAGCUGCACGACAAGCCAAGUUUCCUGAACACAAAUACAUUGCAGACCAUCUCAACCACCUGAAAAUCACCAAAACCUGGCCCAGCUAACCGGAACGUCAAAGACUGGUGGAUCUCAGAGUUUGGAGAGAAAUAUGUAAAUGAAAUGAUAAAAACUCACUGUGUUUGAUAUGAUACAUUCUGCAUUGUACAUCUGUAUGUGUUAUGUCUAUAAAUGAUUUCAAUCAUCA